GGGGGUUGCGAAUCGGGGGGCUGUUGGAUGAGCUCGAGCCCGCGAAGGGGCUGCGUAGGUGGAUUCAGGGGCCGAUGGACACGUGGCCGGGAAAGGCAGCGAUCAGAAUUCGGAGGACGAUUGGAGCUCGGGAGUGCGCGGCUUAUUAGCUCGCGACAGUCCUGCUCGGGCGAUUUGCGCGCUGGGUUCUCCAUCUGCCUGCUGCCCCCCUCCGCUCUUCUCUGCCCUGGCUUCGCAGGCAAGGCAGAUCGAGGCGGUGCAGCUGCAAUUGAAGUCCGACGGGUGGCCCGGACGGAGCAACUCGAAUGAGUAGACAGAUUCCACGUGCGCUUCACGUAGUCAGCUCUAUCUUCGCGGUCCUGUGGUGGUUUAGUUGUUUAUCGCUCCGCUCGCGCUUUCGCCUUGUCGUGUGACAAUCGGCAGGUGUUUUCCCGACUUCUUCUUAUAUGUAGGAGCGCGCGCGCAGCCUGGCAGUACGCGAGAUAAGGUUUUCUUCUGCCACUGCGGGGGAUCCGUACACAGUGUACAUGGCCGAAAAUCUUCAUUCCGUCGACGCACUCGGAGCCCGGCUGCACAGCUGAGCUCGACUCGGGGCACCGCCGUUCGCUCGCUCAUUGCCCGCGCGAGCGCCAAAAGAAAAAGGAAAAUACAGUUAGACGCAUUUCACAACUCGCGGGCACGAAUUGGUUGGCGUUUUGUAUUGUAGCUCACUCUCUCGCGAAGUAGGUAGCGCACGGGACACGCGAGGGCGCAGAGGUUCUAUUUUUCGGCUCGGGGGCUGUGGAGGAAUUGAGGUGCAGGUGACAGAAUCGGGUUCCCGCUCAAAGUGGUUUUGCGAUAUUGACGUCUUUGAAGGAGGUCAAGCGAUAGAGGGACCGUAUGGCCGCGGUCAUGGCUAGUAUGCCGAAUAUCGGGCCCUGUAGGACUGGCCUCGACACCUGCAGCGUCUGCUGUCAAAUGUAUUUAUCUCCCGGAGUAUCGUCCAAGAGGGUCCAUCCUCGUAGCACUACUGUCACAGGCCAGGGGUUGGGGAAGUACGCCGGUUGUAAAGUCGAUGCCUUCAAGCCCGCAGGACCCCCUAGAGACGACAGGUCUGGCAGCAGGCGCAGCAACGGCUCUGUCAAUGUGCAGCAGGCAAUUCCCUCCACGAUAAACUCAAAUGCCGCUGAGAAGCUGUCCCUCGCCGGUCAAAAAUCUGCGAAUGUUCCCAUUGUCCCAGAUAUUAACGGUAUAAGCUUGUUACAAGUCGGACCCAAUGGAAGCACACUUGCUGGUGCGAGUACACCAGAUUCGAAGACGAAGAUGUCCUUGAAUGCCAUCAUGGCGCCAGUUGCGGAUGAUCUGAAAACACUGAAUGAUAAUUUGCAUACUAUCGUAGGAGCCGAGAAUCCCCUACUUAUGGCGGCAGCUGAGCAGAUUUUUAGCGCCGGAGGCAAAAGACUGAGGCCUGCCAUGGUGUUCCUUGUCUCCAAGGCCACAGCUCAACUUGCAGGACUUGAUUCUAUGCAGCCUCAACAUUGGCGCUUAGCCCAAGUUAUAGAAAUGAUACAUACGGCUAGCUUGAUACACGACGAUGUUCUUGACGAGAGUGAUGUCCGUCGAGGAAAAGAAACUGUGCAUAAUAUGUUUGGAACGCGCGUAGCAGUGUUGGCGGGUGAUUUCAUGUUCGCACAGUCUUCGUGGUAUCUAGCCAACCUCGACAAUCUGGAAGUGAUUAAGUUGAUUAGUCAGGUGAUCAAGGACUUCGCCAGCGGGGAGAUUAAGCAAGCUAUGAGUUUGUUCGACUGUGAUUUGACGCUUCAGGAUUACAUGGAUAAAAGUUAUUACAAGACGGCCUCUUUGAUUGCCGCCAGCACCAGAUCCGCAGCCAUAUUUAGUGGAGUUAGCUCAAGUGUUUGCGAGCAGAUGUACGAUUAUGGUCUACAACUGGGGUUGGCAUUCCAGGUGGUAGACGACAUUCUGGACUUCACUCAGACUUCAGAGCAGCUCGGUAAACCUGCCGGUAGUGAUUUAGCGAAGGGUAAUCUUACAGCUCCUGUUUUGUUUGCUUUAGAGAAAGAGCCGGAGCUUAGGGACUUGAUUGCAGGAGAGUUUACUGACGAAGGUUCAUUAGAAGCAGCUAUCGCUCUUGUGAUAAGGGGAGGAGGUAUUGAAAAAGCUAGACAGCUUGCCAAGGAGAAGGGCAAUCUUGCGUUGAAGGAUUUGGAGUGUCUGCCUCAAGGUCCUCUUCGACGAUCCUUAGAAGGUAUGGUAGACUACGUUUUAGAGCGAAUUUAUUAGAGAAAUGUCGGGCGUUUCGUCACUUGUAAACGAUGAGGUUGAAUCAAAACCUUCCCUCUUCCGUGUAUGUAUAGGUUCCGAAAGAAAAAGGAAGUAGGUGUUUCUGUAACUUUACAUUCUAUUUUUUCACGUCACCAGCAAAAUCGAUGACAUAUAAGAUAAUGUCUCACGCUGUCGACUGACUGAUGUAAAAGACUUAUUUCAUUUCUGGUCCAGUGGAAAUGUACC